GCACAGCUUGGAUAUUUAUUCUGGAUUUAGUAAAUAUACAAAUUAACCAAAAUGAAACUAAUUCUGUUAUGUGCUCUAUUUGUGGCUGUGACGCAUGCGACCGAUAAUAAUGACUUUAUAUCGAACGAGUCGAACGUGGAAUACAAUGGCAAAUUCUUCUACCAUUAUGAGCUGCUCGAUGGCUCAAAAGCAACGCAGAAUGGCGAACUUAAAGAAGUCGAGAAGGAUCAAUACGGCGAGGCCGUCAAAGGGCAUUUCUCAUUUGCUGGCGAUGAUGGCAAGGAGUAUGCCAUAUCCUACACAGCCGACGAGAACGGCUAUCGGCCAGUUGGCGAUCAUUUGCCAACACCUCCGCCCACGCCAGAGUCCGUGCUGAAAACCCUCAAAUAUCUGGCAGAGCAUCCGUAUCAGCCCAGCGAGCAGAAGUCUUGAAGGGAUCGAAGUGCUCAGCGCAAACAUGUGAUCAUUAAUGUAAAAUGAAACAACUGUGAACCAAAAGAACUGAACAACUCAAGCUAUACAAAAUUUACACAAAACUAGC